GAAUCCAGAAUAUUGGAGAACAAGGUCACAUGGCUUUGUUGGGGCAUAGUCUGGGAGCUUAUAUUUCAACUCUGGACAAAGAGAAGCUGAGGAAACUUACAACUAGGAUACUUUCAGAUACUACCUUAUGGCUAUGCAGAAUUUUCAGGUAUGAAAAUGGCUGUGCUUAUUUCCAUGAAGAAGAAAGAGAAGGACUUGCAAAGAUCUGUAGGCUUGCCAUUCAUUCUCGUUAUGAAGACUUUGUAGUGGAUGGAUUCGAUGUGUUAUAUAACAAAAAACCUGUGAUAUAUCUUAGUGCUGCUGCUAGACCUGGCCUGGGCCAAUACCUUUGUAAUCAGCUUGGCUUGCCCUUCCCCUGCUUGUGUCGUGUGCCCUGUAACACUAUGUUUGGAUCCCAGCAUCAGAUGGAUGUUGCCUUCCUGGAGAAACUGAUUAAAGAUGACAUAGAACGAGGAAGACUGCCCCUGUUGCUUGUCGCAAAUGCUGGAACUAUAGCAGUAGGACACACAGACAAGAUUGGGCGAUUGAAAGAACUCUGUGAGCAGUACGGCAUAUGGCUUCACGUGGAGGGUGUGAAUCUGGCAACAUUGGCUCUAGGUUAUGUCUCCUCAUCAGUGCUGGCUGCAACUAAAUGUGACAGCAUGACGAUGACUCCUGGCCCGUGGCUGGGUUUGCCAGCUGUCCCUGCAGUGACGCUCUAUAAACACGAUGAUCCCGCCUUGACUUUAGUUGCUGGUCUUACAUCAAAUAAACCAACAGACAAACUCCGUGCCCUGCCACUGUGGUUGUCGUUACAAUACUUGGGACUUGAUGGGAUUGUGGAGAGAAUAAAGCAUGCCUGUCAACUGAGUCAACGGUUGCAGGAAAGUUUGAAGAAGGUGAACCACAUCAAACUCUUGGUGGAAGAUGAACUUAGUUCUCCAGUAGUGGUGUUCAGAUUUUUCCAGGAAUUAACAGGUUCAGCGUCAGACCCGGUAUUUAAAGCUGUCCUGGCCCCCAACAUGGCACCUUCAACAGUCGGCCGGGAGAGACACUCCUGUGACGUGUUGAAUCGCUGGCUGGGAGAACAGUUGAAACAGCUGGUGCCUGCGAGUGGCCUCACUGUCAUGGAUCUGGAAGUUGAGGGCACAUGUGUGCGCUUCAGCCCUUUGAUGACAGCAGCAGUUUUAGGAACCCGAGGAGAGGAUGUGGAUCAGCUUGUAGCCUGCAUACAAAGCAAGCUGCCAGUCCUGAGCUGUACGCUGCAGCUACGAGAAGAGUUCAAGCAGGAAGUGGAAGGAACGGCAGGUCUCUUAUAUGUUGACGACCCUAACUGGCCUGGAAUAGGGGUUGUCAGGUAUGAACAUGCUAAUGAUGAUAAGACCAGUUUGAAAUCAGAUCCUGAAGGGGAAAAAAUCCAUGCUGGACUCCUGAAAAAGUUAAAUGAACUGGAAUCUGACCUUACAUUUAAAAUGGGCCCCGAAUAUAAAAGUAUGAAGAGCUGUCUUUACAUUGGCAUGACGAGCGACGACACAGACAUUUCUGAGCUCGUGGAGACCAUUGUAGUCACAGCCCGGGAAAUUGAGGAAAACUCAAGGCUUCUGGAAAACAUGACCGAAGUUGUUCGGAAAGGAAUUCAGGAGGCUCAGGUCGAGCUGCAGAAGGCAAAUGAGGAACGACUCCUGGAAGAGGGAGUGUUACGGCAGAUACCCGUAGUGGGCUCUGUGCUGAAUUGGUUUUCUCCCGUACAAGCUUUGCAGAAGGGAAGAACUUUUAACUUAACAGCAGGCUCUCUGGAGUCCACAGAACCCAUCUACGUCUACAAAGCACAGGGUGCGGGAGUAACACCACCUCCAACCCCCUCAGGCAUUCGCACGAAACAGAGACUUCCAGGCCAGAAGCCUUUUAAAAGGUCCCUGAGAGGUUCAGAUGCUUUGAGUGAGACGAGCUCAGUCAGUCACAUCGAAGACUUAGAAAAGGUGGAGCACCUGUCCAGUGGGCCGGAGCACAUCACCCUAGAGGCCAGCAGCCCUGAGGGACACCCAGGGGCUCCCACCCCCCAGAAGGCGGACCAGCGCCCAGAAGAUGACUGCCCACAGGUAGAAGAACCGGAGAGCUUAAGAUAAAACUCAGUGUCUGGUUUGAGACUGUACUGAAUGUUGUUUCAGGGAAGAUGAAGUUGUACUGAGAAUGUGAACUGUGCCACACACUAAUACACUAUCAAUUAAUGCUGUUUGUGCUUAACUGGGAUUUUUGCACAAAUUUGCGCCUGAAAGCCAGGCUUUCUAGGAGGGCAAUCAUUUUGGUCUAAUUUUAUGUGUAUAUAGAACAACCAGUACCUAUUGUUUCCGUCCUACUCAGCUGUAGUGAUACCAUUUUUCCUCCAAGUUGCCAUAAACACUUUUUAUUCACAAAGAACACUUAGAAUUUCAAGUGCCUGCCACUUGAAACACUUGCUCUUAUCUUUCUAAACAUACACAUAAUGAGUUAUUGGGUUGCACAUAAUAACCUUUUGGUAAAACAGCUUUCCUUAGAGCUCUCUGGGUUCUCUGCUGUACUUUGGCGGGGCGAGCCAGCCGGCCGGCGCUCUUUGCCAUCUGUUUCAGUUGGUCUUUAGUAUGAUCAAGUUGCAAUACACGGCUGGACUGUUUGGCUUAAAGGAGAAUGGGUUUCCACUGGAUUGUAAAUAAGAGUGGCAGAAGCGCUCUCCUGCUACCCCAGCUGCUGCUCUUCCUGGAGACUUAAGUAAGGACUGUGUCCACUUGAGCUGUGGCAGGGUUUCUCUCUGGGACUGUCCUCUGCCACAAAUCCAUUUCUCCCUUUAUAUACUCUUUGGAAACAAAUUUAAGGAAUCCUCUAUUAAGAGUAACUGUAAAGUCUCUUCCUGACCAUAUAGAUGUAUAUUUUUAAAUACUGGCUUUUAAAUUGGCAGAUAAGUACAGAUUGCUUAUUUCUGUGUUUAGUAUCUGAAAACCUGAUAGAUGCUACCCGUAAGAGCCUAUUAUUAAAUAUGCUGUGUAGCACCUACUUAGGUUUAAGUUCUAAAAUGUACCUUUGACCUGUCCCACGUCGAAUGAAGCCUCUGUAGCUUCUACUCCACUAGCAGCUCACCCCUUGGGCCCAGCUUAGAAAAGAACCAGAAGAGUAAUUGUUCUCAGGCUGACCAAGCCAGACUACUUGCUGAAAUUAUUGUAAACUCUUAAUUACUGCCCGUUUCUACUUGUCCAAAGUACUGCAUCACUUCGUUUAUCCUAAUGUCCCCUGUGCCUUUUUAGUCCAACAAAGUCAAGCUAUGGGAGAUCUUAAAAUGGUGGGGAAUUUAUACUGAGUUUGUGGAACUAUAGUAUUGGAAGCCUUAGUUAUACCAUGUUAAGCCUAUAAUUACUUUCUGAUUUGAUGUGAUUUUUGGCAUUUGGCACUUGUCAAAAUGCAAUUUUCCUUUUUUAAAGAUGAUUAAACAAAGUCUUCCCUGUUUAUUUGGUGCAAUGAAGUAUAACAUAAAAUGGGGGAGGGGUAAAUUAUCACCUUUAACAAGAUUAAUUUUUAAAUGUUUUUAUAUAUUUGGAAUUGUUAAAUUGGUUUUGCUGAAACAUUUCACCCUUGAAAUACUAUUUGAAUGUUGGUUUCAAUAAAGGUUCUUGAAAUUGUUA